GAUCAGCGAAGCGUCAUGGCUCCGCGAGCCCUGGCGGUCCUCGCGCUCUUACUCGCGCUCGCGGCCGCGCUCGAGGUCAACGACUCGGCCAGUGGCUCGACCCUGAGUAUCCUGCGAUGCUGUCGCGCCGGCGAGGACCUUGAGAAACCGAUCGACCCCGAGGCCGAGGUGCGCUGCGUACCCUCGACCCGGCCAUUUCAGCCCCUCGUCUACUCGCCCGAGGCUCGCACCUACUUGACCGGCCUCCCGGCCACCUGGACCGUCCUCGAGGCCGCGCGCCCGGCAUGCCCGGAGCCCCGGCUCUUGCGUUACGUGCCCCACAGCAAGUACAAUCCCUUCGUACUCUUUGACUUUGGAGAGGUGGUGCUCGAGGCCGGCACGACCGUCCCACUUAAGCCCGACGAGUUCUGCCUCGGCUCCAAUACUCUACUGGCCUGCCUACCCCGGAGGAACGAGAGUCACCAGGCCGCGGCGACGAUGCGGCCCAAGUUGCGCAAGUGCUGCGGCGAAAGCGCGGCUUACGAGAGGAACUCGUGCGUGGGCAUUGAGACCGAUAGCCCGAUGUCGCUCGAGGAGGAGCAGGCUCUUCUCCUGGCUGGGGCCAACGGCAAACUUGGCAAUCUUACCGCCGGUAUGGAGAUCGUCAGCGGCUUUCCCGUCUGUCCGCGACUCGACAACUUCACCAUCGUCGGCGACAUGCGAGACGCUGUGCUCCAGCCUGACGCGAGUCUCCUCGUCGACGGUCAGCAUAUACCGACCGAGGAGUUUUGCGUGGAGCGGUUGCGAGGUGCUGACAGCCAGCUCCAGCCUCCCAAGGUCUUCGCCUGCUCGGAGCACGCGGCCAAGGGAUCUGGUUUACCGGCCCGAGAUAUCCGAUUCACCCUCUACCCGGUGGGCUUCAUCAUAAGCGCCAUCUUCCUGGCAGCGACCCUCGCCGCCGGUUGGCUACUACCGGCCUCUCAUCACGUCCUUCACUGGCGCUGUCAGACGCACCACGUCGCCUGCCUCAUGCUUGGCGACAUCUCCAUGGCCGUCAUACAAUUGGCCGGGAAUUCGUUGCAGGGCGAGUUCUGCCGUGCAUUAGCUAUCCUGGCGCACUUUUUUUUCCUGGCAACUUUCUUCUGGCUCAACACAAUGUGCUUCAACAUCUGGUGGACCUUCAGGGACCUGCGGCCGGCCAGCUUGGAGAAGGGCCAGGAACUGCUGAGGCUCCGAUUUUACGGGGCUUACGCCUGGGGAGGACCCCUCAUCGUCGCCGGACUGGCAGCCUUCCUGGACCACCUGCCCCAAACUCCGGGGCAAGCUUUUCUGAGGCCACGAUUUGGCGAGAAACAGUGCUGGUUUUACGGUGACAUGGAGAUCCUGGCCUACUUCUUCGGACCGAUUGGCGUUCUCUUGGCGAUAAAUCUCCUAUUUUUCGCGGCGACUGCCCGAGAACUGACGUGUGGUCUGUGGAAAGGCGAGUUUGUAAAAAGCACGACUGAAAGGUAAGUUGAGAUUUCUCAAACAUAAAGACUGUUAAGGGAAAAAAACAUAAAAUAGUGAAAAACUGUGUAAAGCUUCUAAGCGCAAAGCAGCUUUCUUUGCGCAAAUAAAGAGAAAGAAGAAAAGAGUGUAUAAAAUAGCACUUCCCGGGACUAAUGGGAUAAUGUAUAUGGUAAAAACAAACAGUAUUUUUGCUGGAAUUUAUUUCGUUUGAACCGAUACCGAUAUAAAUAACAAGAAAAUAAGAGAAGAAGAA